CCCUCUUCUCUCUCUCUCUGUCUCUCUCACUGUGGUCCUUGACCUCUUUAAAUCCCUCUGAUCACUUUCUCGAUUUCUUUAUAUCUCUCAGUGUCUCUAUAGCCCGAAACACUUUCUUACAUUUCCUCUUAUUCUUCUCUUCUCGUUCUUCUUUCACAUUUUUAAAGUAAAACUUGUGGAAUAAACACAAAUCCUCUCUAUAUCUACUAGCUACAUUUUUUUAUCACUCUUUAAUCUCUCUCUUAUUAUAACAACCUUUCUCUCGAUCUCUCGCUCUUUCCUUCCCUCUCAAUCCCCAUCUCUUAUCUAUUGUCCAAUCUAGAGAUAGAACGAAAACGCACACAACUUGAGGUUCAUUUUCUUGCGACAUUGUAGUGUCACAACUAACGAACAAGCAAAAGCCUCAAAAAAAUGUCUAACAGAAGAUCAAGACAAUCUUCAAAUGCUCCGAGGAUCUCCGAUGACCAGAUGAUCGACCUCGUUGGUAAACUCCGUCACCUUUUGCCGGAGAUUAGCGAACGGCGCCGUUCUGAUAAGGUGUCAGCAUCGAAGGUACUACAAGAGACAUGCAACUACAUACGUAAACUACAUAGAGAAGUUGACAAUCUCAGUGACCGUUUGUCGCAGCUCCUCGACUCCGUUGAUGAAGAUAGCCAUGAAGCUGCCGUCAUUAGAAGCUUACUCAUGUAACCUUCCCAAUAUAUUUAUUUAUUAGAUCUUUUAUAAUAAUAAUAUAUAUGUAAUCUUGAUCGUCCUUAAUAUAUUAUCAAGCGACGUGUUUUAUCUUUUAUCUACUUCCGAAUUUUUGUCCAACAGUUACAUUAUAUUAAUUCCUAGUCAGUAGUCUCCGAAAGGAUGUGACUCUGAAGGAGAAAAAAUUGAUUAC